AUGACAAUCCUCUACAAGAAAAAUGAACCCAAUGACAUGGCAAAUUAUAGACCUAUCUCCCUCUGCAACACUGACUACAAACUCUUGACACGUUUGCUUAAUCAUCGAAUGAUGGAAGUCGCUAAGCAACUGAUCAACGAAAACCAAGCGGGCUUCGUACCUGGGCGGUUCAUUGCCCAAAACGCUCUGCGGUGUCAGGUCAUAAUGGAAGAUGCUGAACGAACCAUGAACUUGGCCAAGAAGAACAAUGUGAUACACCAAAUGCCCAAAGCAAUUGGCCUUAGUCUUGAUCAGGAAAAAGCGUACGAUCGAGUUAACCUCUCGUACCUUCAAACUGCACUCAUUACCUAUGGCUUCCAUGCUAAUCUUGUUCGCUGCAUCAUUAACAUGAUGGGCCAAAAUCUCUUGCGCAUCAAUGUGAAUGGUUACUUUACCGAUGAUGUUCCCAAGCUGCGAGGCUUAAAGCAAGGUGGCCCCAUUUCCUCUAUUUUGUACAAUUUGGCUAUUGAACCCUUUCUGUGGUCAAUUCUCUAUGAUCCAUUAUACCACGGCUAUCAAAUGCAGUAUGCAACUGACCAUCCCAACUAUAAUGCUAAUGACCCUUUAGUUCAUGUGCCAAAAAUCCUAUGUUACGCUGACGAUGCUUUUGUAUUUGUUCAAGACCUUCCUGAUCUGGCAAGGUUCGAGUACCACUUAGAUGUCUAUUGCAAUGCAACCCAUGCCAAGAUUAACUACAACAAGGUCGAAGCUAUCUCGCUCUCUGGUCAAAACACAUGGUCAUAUUGGCAAGCACGACUCUCAGAAAUGGAUAUCACAAAAUUCACAUCCAACAUGGAUUCCAAUCCAGUGAUCUAUCUCGGGUUUCCUCUGCUGCAAUCGGUUCAACAACGUGAAGUAUUUAUCGGUGGUCUUGUCGACAAUCUCCGGACAGCUACCAAAAUCCACAGUGUAAGAAGUCUCUCCGUGGUUGGCAAAGCUACAGUGCUCAACAGUUUAAUCUUGUCCAAAUGCUGGUAUGUACUACGAGUAACACCAUUUGCUCAAAGUAAUGUCCAAGCUAUCCAGUCCAUUUGUACCAAGUUUCUACGAAAAGGCAUCUUUCCUGUUAUUCCCUGGGCCACAUGGACCAAGCCAAAGCCAUUAGGUGGAUUAGGUGUUCUGGAUGUUGCCCUGCAACAAUCGGCCCUAUACUUUCGUUGGGUUCAACCGCUCCUCCAUCCCUCUGACUCGCCCCACACCCUAGAUCUCAUGCUGGUCAUGCUAGUGAAUAAGCAAAAUCAGAGUGCGUAUGUGCAGGUUCCGUUGCUCUUUCCCCUCACACGAACCACUGGUCUCACUAAACAACGCACCAACACGGUAACAAUGAUCUAA